UAACUGGAUGAACCUCAGGGAUGCUGACAAUGGCAAGGUCUUAUGGCAGUCCAGUGACGACUUGUCAAUUCCAGAGAAAGAACAUGAAGCUCGAGUUCCGAAGAAAAUCCUCAAAUGCAGAGCGGUCUCUAGAGAAAUCAAUUUUUCAUCAAAAGAACCCAUGGACAAAUUUAGGCUCGAACAAAGGGUGUUGUUCAAAGGAAAAUGUUUAGAAGAGUGGUACUUUGAAUUUGGCUUUGUGAUCCCUGGCUCCACCAACACAUGGCAGUCUUUGAUUGAGGCAGCCCCAGAAAGUCAGAUGAUGCCAGCAAAUGUACUCAAUGGCAAUGUUGUGAUAGAGACAAGAUUCUACGAUGGUGACAUGGUAGUUAGUGUGUCCCGAGUUCGAAUCUUUUAUGUGUGAUACUGCCCACCUGCGUCCAGUGAACUAUAGACCCAUUCCAUGUCCCAAUCUUAUUCACUGUCAGACCUGUGUGACCUCGGCUGAUGGUGAAGAUGGACCGACGACCCCUGUACAGUUUUUACAUCAAGUCAACCACUCAGCAUGGAAGGGCUUCUUUUUCUUUUUACUCACUCAGAUAGCACUAUUGAAAUCUGCGUUACAAACAUUUUCUCUUUCUUUUAAAGUGAUUUUAAUUAAAAUUUUUAAAACAUCCUUUAAAAAUCAGUAGUGUGCAUGCUCAACUUUGUGCCUUUUGAUGAAGUGUGUGGUUGUUGACUCCAGAAAAUGAAAUAUAGUUGAGGUUAAGUGUAUCAAGCAGUAUCUUUUCCUCUUGAGAUGAAUUUGUUAAAUAUUGUAGCUUGUUAAGAGAAGUGGUCUAGAACCUUUAAGGUUUAAAAGUCUUUUUUUUUAUAUACCACAAUGACACUGCUGGUAUUGAAUUGUAAAAUAAUUUGAGGGUGGUGCAUUUAUUUUGUAUUGAUCCAUACGGUAGCUUCUCGCAGAGUAAUAUUUCCAAAUAUAUGUAUGGGAUUGUUUACUAAUGAGGGGGAAGAAGAGUGUUGGUGGAAGAUGACAGUUUUUUUUUGUUUUAGUAAGAUUUUUAUGGCUGUUGCAACACAAAUAGGUUAUGUAAUCUCUGAAAAUUUUGAGGAGGGUUACUAGAGAGUAGCAUACAAAGAAAAGGAGGAGAGAUGAGAAUGACAGAUGUUUGA